AUGCUAAGUGGCACGCGAGGAAACAUUUGCGGCUCUCUACUAGGCCAAGAGACCAUUUUCGGAUGGGUGCUUACGGGGCCGAUCUCCCAGGUGAACUCAAACAGAGUCGCAUCCUUCACGACUCAAGUACACCAAGUAGGUGACGAGGCACUGGACACGCUUCUCAGCAAGUUCUGGGAGGUGGAAGAUCUACCAGUCCAGAUGGUAAAGGAGUCGGAUUCCUAUUGCGAGAGGAACUUUCUCCAAACGACGAAGAAAGACGCAAGCGGGAGCGUGAUUCAGCAAUAUCUGGAUCUGGGUCAUAUGAAAGAAGUUCCGUCGACUCACAUUUCUCCUACCUACUAUCUUCCACAACAUGCGGUGAUCAAGCCCGAAAGCACCACUACAAAGCUUCCCGUUGUAUUUAACGCUUCAAGCCCUUCAGCAAAUGGAACCAGUUUAAAUGAUAUUCUUCAUGCUGGUCCAGUCCUGCAAUCCGAUCUGACUAUUCAGAUCCUGAAGUGGCGAUGCUUCCAAUACGUCUUCAGUGCGGACAUUACUAAAAUGUACCGUCAGAUUUGGGUCGAUUCCAAGCACACACCCUUUCAAAGAAUUCUGUUCCGAAAUAAGGAAGGAGAUAUCCGAGACUUCGAGUUACAGACAGUUACUUUCUGGGUCAACUGCGCGCCCUUCCUGGCUAUUCGAGUGCUGCAACAGCUAGCAAAGGAUGUCCAAGGGCCAUUUCCACAGGGCAACCGUAUUAUUCAGCAUCACAUGUAUGUCGAUGACGUGCUGGCCGGCGCAAAUUCCGUAAAAGGCGCCCAAGAUUCGGUCCAAGAAUUGCGAGCAGCUCUGAGUUCUGCUGGGUUUCCAUUAAGAAAAUGGACUUCUAACCAUAAGAGCAUACUAAGCAACAUUCCAGCUGAGAAAAAUUUCCAUAGCGAGUUCCUCGAUAUCGAUGCCGAAAGCACGGCCAAGACGCUUGGUAUUCGAUGGAGGGCAAAAUCCGACGAGUUCUAUUUCGUCCCUCCAGAAUUAAUCGUGGAACCUUCCUACAGAAAGCGGGAAGUUUUAUCCCAAAUCGCUAAGUUGUUCGAUCCUGCCGGAUGGCUGGCUCCGUUCAUCAUCCGUUCCAAAAUGUUUAUGCAGGAGAUUUGGCUGCAAGACUUAGGCUGGGAUGACAAGCUUCCCACGCACAUGAGUCAGAGAUGGCAGUCGUUUCUCAAAGAAUAUUCCGACCUCAACAAGAUCCGCGUUCCAAGGUGGGUUGGGUACCAGUCAGAGGUCAUCGUAGAGCACCACGGCUUCUGUCACGCGUCGCAGAAAGCCUAUGGAGCUGCUAUCUACGUCCGCGUCGAGAUGGGUCACCAGAUCUUGACUCGUCUGCUGACAGCCAAGACACGAGUGGCUCCGGUGAAAACCGUGUCCCUCCCCCGACUAGAGCUCUGCGGAGCGGUGCUUUUAAUCGAAAUGGUGAGAGCAAUCCUUCCGCAUUUGCCUACCGCCAGUUCCGAUCUCCGCUGCUGGACAGAUUCCACGAUCAUCCUAGCCUGGUUACCCAGUCGAGGCGUACCUCUGAUCGAUCUAGUGGAUAGCAAACUUUGGUGGCAAGGACCAGAGUGGUUGCAAGGGCCUCGUGAGCUAUGGCCUGCCCAAAAUGCCAUCGAUCCGACCGAAUUAGAACAGCGUGCAGUCAAGGUGCAUUUCAGCAAGACCCCGUCCGAAGAAUAUCUUGAGCGUUUCUCCAAACUGGACAAAGCUCUGCGGGUCUUAACGUACGUUCUGCGAUUCCUUAAACGCUGCCGCAAGAGCUCGAUCUCGCCCACUCCACGACCAACAAGUGAUGAAAUCCGGGAGGCAGAAAGAGUUUUAAUCUCCAUUGCGCAGCGCAGAGCAUAUGGCCAAGAGCAGAAGCAUCUGGCCGAGAAAAGGUCCCUUCCAGCGUCAAGUCCGAUUGCGAACUUGUUUCCGUUUAUCGACCAACACGGCCUCCUAAGAGCAUGCGGUCGCCUUACUGCUGCCAAAGGGUUGCAGUAUGACGAACGCCAUCCAAUAAUACUUCCCUAUGACUGCAGACUGUCUCGGCUUCUCAUCCAAUUUGCUCACCAGAUUACUCUUCAUGGCGGUAGUCAAUUAAUUGUACGCCUUAUCCGAUCGAAGUAUUGGAUUCCUAAAAUCAAGAAUCUGGUGGAGGCUGUGGUGAAUCCGUGUAAGAUUUGCACGAUUUACAAGAAGCGACUUCAAACCCAGCUGAUGGGCGAUUUUCCGACAGACAGAGUUUCCUUCUCGAGGGCUUUCACGUACACGGGCGCUAUCCAUUUGGAACCCACUUCCGAUCUGACAACCGAGAAGUUCCUAGCGGCCUUUGCUCGUUUCGUAGCGAGGCGCGGUUGUCCUCAGCGGGUCCAUUCGGAUAAUGGCAAGACCUUUGUGGGGCAGCAACUCUGCUUUCUCGAGACUUCCUACAAGCCGUCAAUGAGGGCUCCACAUAUGGGGGGUCUAUGGGAAGAGGGCGUCAAGAGUUUUAAGACUCUGUUUUACAAAGCUUCUGCGACCCGCAAGUACACUUUCGAGGAACUUGCGACGCUCCUUGCAAAGGUUGAGGCUUGCCUCAACUCAAUACCCCUCUCUCCGAUGUCCGAAGAUCCCUCAGACUUGCUGGCCCUCACACCGGGCCAUUUUCUUGUUGGAGAACCGUUGCUCUCCAUGGCGGAGCCCGAGAUAAAGGGCGAAGCCAAAUCGAUUCUCAAUCGAUGGCAACAUUUAAGGGCCCAACAUCAGCAGUUUAGUGUUCGGUGGAAAGAGGAGUAUCUAAAAGAACUCCACACACGCUACAAAUGGCAAUAUCCGACCCGAAACCUCCAAAUCGGCGACAUGGUAGUCGUCAAGGAGGACAAUCUGCCAUCCGACGAAUGGCGGCUCGGCAGAAUUAGUUCUGUCUUCCCAGGAGCCGAUGACCUUAUCCGCAUAUUCAUUCCUACCGCUGCCGAGUCUGCCGGGGAAUCCAUCCUCUUCGGAAGUGCAAGAGGUUCCGAAAGCUGA